CAGAACCACGCGAGGCUUGUUGUGGCUUUGAAGAACACCUACGCUCAGUUGGAAGAUAAGGAAUGUUUUCAUGAAAAAUUCGUUCAUUUCCUUAAGUAUGCUAUGAUAAUCUACAAGCGGGAACCAGCAGUGGAACAAGUGAUCAAUUUUGUGGCCAGUUUUGUUACUUCAUUUUAUCAAAUGGAGAAAGUGGAUGGUGGUGAGGAAAGAGAAGAUAAUUUACUUCUGAAUUAUGUGUUUAACUUUUUACUUGAGUCUCACGAUGCAAACAGCCAUGCAGUUAGAUUUCGAACGUGUCAGCUUGUUAACAAGAUUUUGGGAAAUAUGCCAGAGAAUGCCCAGAUUGAUGAUGACUUAUUUGAUAAAAUCAAUGAAGCUAUGAUGAUUAGACUUAAAGAUAAAUUUUCAAACGUGAGAAUUCAGGCUGUCUUGGCCCUGUCAAGACUUCAAGAUCCUAAGGAUGAAAACUGCCCUGUUGUUAAUAUUUACAACACAUUGCUUGAAAAUGAUUCAAAUUCAGAAGUGAGGCGUGCAGUGCUAUCAUGUAUUGCUCCAUCAGCAAGAACUUUGCCAAAAAUUGUAGGCCGCACUAUGGAUGUAAAGGAAGCUGUCAGGAAGCUGGCAUAUGAGGUUUUGGCAGAAAAAGUUCACAUGAGAGCUCUGUCAAUAGCACAGAGAGUUAAGCUGUUGCAACAAGGAUUUAAUGACAGAUCUGAUGCUGUUAAGGAGGCAAUGAAAAAGAAGCUGCUUCAAGCCUGGUUACAAUUGACUGAAGGGGAUCUCUUAGAAUUGCUUCAUCGACUGGAUGUGGAGGACUGCCCAGAAGUGGCCAUUCCAGUACUAAAUGCUGUGUUUUCAUUAUCCUCCCUUCCUGACUUGGUUCAGAACUGUAAAACCCUUGACAGCAGAAAACUGAUUCCACUGGAAGACUUAACAGCUGAGAAUGUGUUAUAUUGGAGAUGUCUUUGUGAAUAUGUAAAAUCAAAAGGUGAAGAAGGUGAAGAUUUACUAGAGCAGGUGUUGCCAGAACCAGCUAUAUAUGCAGAUUACUUAUUAAGCUACCUUCAAAAUAUGCCAGUUCUUAGUGAAGAACAAAGAGAAGACUUUAAUUGUUUUGAAAACCUGAUGACAAAAGAAUUUAUAGGACAGCAACUGAUUCUUAUCAUAGACUGCAUGGAUACCACAGAAGAAGGAGGGAGAAAGCAUCUGUUGGCUACUUUACAAAGGAUUCUUAUUCUACCUACAACUUCAACAGCCCUUGUAUCUCUGCUUGCAGAAAGAUUACUUGGUAUUGUUAAGGAUGAUGACAGAAGGAUUCAAAUUAUUGCAGAAAUCAUAUCAGAAGUUCGUGAGCCAGUUGUUACAGUUGACCAGCCUGUUGAUGUUGCUGAAAUAAGAAAGCGGGAGCUCAAGUUGGCUGAAAUAAAAGUGAAACUUUUUGAAGCAAAACAAGCUUUGGAAGAAUGCAUUGCUGUGCAGGAUUUUAAUAGAGCAUCAGUAUUAAAAGAGACAAUAACUGAGUUGGAACAGAGAAAAAAUGAACUGAUAAAAGAAGCAGAGCAACCUGAAAUUAAAGAAAUGCGUGUGGAGAAGAAUGAUCCUGAAACACUGUUGAAGUGUCUGAUGAUGUGCUAUGAGCUCCUGAAGAUCAUGUCCCUUUCUAAAGGAAUUGGUCCAACUAUUAAAGAACUCACUGAAUCUCUGAUACUUCCUGGCAUAACUAAUGUCCAUCCAGCUGUGAGAAAUAUGGCAGUUCUGUGUUUGGGGUGCUGUGGCCUUCAGAGCAAAGAAUUUGCUCGACAACAGCUUACAUUGCUGCUACAGGUGUUACAAAUAGAUAAUAUAAAGGUAAAGCUCAGUGCUUUGAAGGCAAUCUUUGAUCAACUGAUGCUGUUUGGGAUUGAGCCAUUUAAAGCCAGAAGAGGCAAUGACUCUGCAAGUGAAGAUGGACAUACUAGAACUGAAAAUUGUGAGGAAGAAAAUAAAACAGUAGAGGAGGAAGAUGACAAUGCUACAAUUCACAGCCUCCUGCAGCUUCUUUCUAGCUUCUUAGACAGUGAGUUUUCAGAGCUUAGGACAGAAGCUGCAGAAGGCAUAGCCAAACUGAUGUUCUCUGGGAGGCUGGUUAGUGCCAAGCUUCUUUCCCGGCUUGUCUUGAUGUGGUAUAAUCCUGUCACUGAAGAGGAUACUCGGCUCAGACACUGUCUAGGAGUUUUCUUCCCUUUAUUUGCUUAUGCAAAUAG